AUUCGCUUGGGCAAGCCAGCGUGAGCCAGCGUCGUCCGUCCGUCUUUCAAUUAGGUAAUCUUUCCUGCAUUUCUUCUUGAAGAAGCGCUCCUAGCCUAGGACCUAGGUACAUUACUAAUUAGUAGGAGAGAGCACCUACAGCUGAUCAAGAGAAGUCAACUUUUUGCUUGCAAGCUGAAUAUUGAAGAGCAUUAGGUACUUUGUACUUUCGUGAGCCCCUUGUGAAUCGACGAGCAGCAAAGAAUAGUAUCUAAGGUGCAGUUCCCGCGUGGAGAACACGAAGUUUUAGGGUUUUUGAUCAGACGCUUGAAUUCUGGAAAACCUUCUUCACUGCAGAAGCUAUGGAGCAGAGCCCCACUGAUUUGACUGGGGUACUGUUCAGCGACCCGCUGUGGCUGCAAAGUUUCCCUCUCAACAGGGCGACCGUCCUGGACUACUUUGCAUUGUCGCCGUUUUAUGAUGCAAGUUGCAACAAUGAGAAGUUGAAGGCGCAGGGGAAGGACCUGUCGCUGCUCUCGACGAUGCCGUAUGGCCCGGAGUACGUUGUCAUCUCCGCCCAAGAGCCCAACCUGUAUGUCAUCCGGAAGCAGCUCCGGGUUUCGCCUGACAAGAUGGUGCCCCUGGCGGCCUACUACGUCUUGGACGGAUCCAUCUACCAGGCGCCCCACCUGCAGGCAGUGCUCGGCUCCAGAGCGGAGCGCAGCCUGUACUAUGUGCAGAGUGGGUUUGGAAAGGCGGCCAUGAAACUCAAGGAGCACCUAAGAGAAGACGAAGAAACACGGGACACUGCUGUGAGCCAAGCGAGGGCGGUCCCUGAGAUAGAGCCUGUGGAUCGAGCGGAGGCCUUCUACAUGGACCAGAUUAUCACGUCCGUCCUGAAAAAGCUGCCACCUCCUGCAGGUCCUGUCGCUGCGUCAAACGGCGCGCCCGAGACUGCAACACCGGAGUCGCCAAAGCCCAGGGUUGAUGCGGCUGCAGGGGUGACUGCUUAGAUAGGAUCGAUAUCCUAGACGAGAAACGCUUGGCAUAUCAAGGUGAGAGUUGAGGACUGGUAUUAGGCUGUAAUAUAAGGUGUCAAAUGUCAGGGUUUGAAGGUUGCUGGUCGUUCUGCUGGGAGGCCGAAAAGGUGUUUGUGAGCUUGUUAGACUCGGCGCCAGCUAGAGAUGGAAGCAUGAAGAAGCUAUCGAUAGCCCGAGCGGGCGAGUUGGGGUUGCUUGGAAAGGAUGCCGCCUCGCCAAGCCGCAAAGGUGGUAAGAGUGUAUGCAUGGUUAUUCGUAGGGACAGGGGAAUGACCUUCAAGCUGCCCAAUUGCAAGCAAGCAGAGACUGAUAGGGUGCCAAAAAACUCGUUCUGCGGACUGAAGCAGACAAAAUUAAACUUGAGUUUUGGUGCCGGGAUUGCAUAAUGCCUAAGCAUGACCGUUGUGCGGAGGUAGUAAAGACCAGUAUGUGUGUAAAGCUUUGUGGCACUGGAUCUCAUGCACGUCUAGGAGACGCCAUCAGUGGUCAUCUUUGAAAGCCACUUGCUUCACUUUUAGCCGCAAGGAGUCGUGCGGCGCCUUCCAA